UUUUGUUGUUUUUUUAAAUGUAAAUGAUAUCCAUCGGGAAGCGGUUUACACACGCCCAACACGCCACUCUUGUCCUCUUCAUCUUCUAGAAUCUUUGUUUAGGAGGAUCCAAAGUGAUUUUUAUUUUUCCCCCUAAAGCGUAUGUGCUAGUAGAAAGGAACGAGGCCCAAAGAAAUUAGAAGAGAUGUCUCCACACUUCUGAGCCUAUGUAUCCUUCACACAUCCCCACCGGUCUUUUCUCGUCUGUGUUGCCUCCCAGGCGGCUAGUCAGGGGAAAGCCAAGAAGUAAGAUGCCGAGCUCCUUUCCUCCAGCCAUUGGUGGGGCUGCCCUACCGGGUCUCCAAGGCUGCCGGCGCCGCUCCCAGGAAAACUCCAAGCUUCGCCGCGGAGCAAACCGGCCAGAGACAACGCGCUGCACAGGGUUCUGGCCCAGACCUGUGGCUGGGGCGGGGCUAGGGGGCGUGUCCUCACGUGAUUGGCCAGCCUGGUCUGGAGGCGGGACUGCCGGACGGACGCUGACAAUGAGCCUCCAUAAAAGGGAGCGGCGGGGUUGGGGGCCCCGGAUCGAACCCUCCCCGCCCGGGGUCGUGACGCGUUGAAGCCCGUGGCUGGCGGGGCGGCCGGGCGAGCGGCGGGUGAGCUAGGCGAGCCGCGGGCCCGGCGUGGUCCGGGGCAAGAGGCGGCCGCCACAGGCGACGCGCCGAAGUCUGUGCGAACGUCCUCGGCUAUCGGGUCGCCCUUCUUCGCCUCGCCAUGGCCCUGAAAGCCAAGGGCGCCGCGGCUCUGGAUUGCUUCGAGGUGACGCUCAAGUGUGAGGAAGGGGAGGAUGACGACGAGGCCGUGGUGGUGGCCGUGAUCCCGCGGCCCGAGCCGAUGCUCCGAGUAACCCAACAGGAAAAGACGCCGCCACCUCGGCCUAACCUGCUGGAAGCAGGUGUUGAAGGCUGUGAGGAGCUCAAGCAGCAAGUGUCAUGGGAGCAGGAGUUCCUGGUGGGGAACAGCCCAGGAGGCAGUGGACGGGCGCUGUGCAUGGUGUGUGGGGCCGAGAUCCGGUCCCCAUCAGCAGACACUGCUCGCGCACACAUCCUGGAGCAGCAUCCUCAUACCCUGGACCUGAGCCCCUCUGAGAAGAGCAACAUCUUAGAAGCCUGGAGUGAAGGGGUUGCCCUUCUGCAAGACAUCCAAGCUGACCAGCCAUCCCUGCCCAGCCUAGAGUCAGGCCAGGAUGGCCAGCCAGAUCCCAUCUCCAACCCGGAUCCUGUCAGGAUGCCAGCAGAGAUCGUGGUCCUCUUGGAUUCCGAGGACAACCCAUCCCUUCCUAAGAGGCUCCGGCCCAGAGGACUCCGCCCCCUUGAGCUGCCCGUUACCCCUGUCAUAGAGCAAGGGAAUAAAAAGCCCCGUGGUCAGAGAUGGAAAGAGCCCCCUGAGGAUGAACCUGCUAGAAAGAAGAGAAGCAGGCAUAUGACCAAAAUCUUGGACCCUGACCCAGACCCCCCCUCUCCUGAGUCACCCACAGAAACGUUCGCAGCACCAGCUGAAGUCCGACACUUCACUGAUGGCAGUUUCCCUCCUGGCUUCGUCCUCCAGCUCUUCUCCCACACACAGCUCAGGACCACCGACUCUAAGGACUCUUCUAAAGACAGCAGAGCAGCAGAGGGCCUGCCCCAGCCACAAAGCCCCUCUUCAGCCUCCCCUCCGGGGCUCCGUGGGACACUGGAUCUUCAGGUUAUCCGUGUUCGGAUGGAGGAACCACCAGCCGUCAGCCUCUUACAGGACUGGUCCAAGCACCCCCAGGGCACCAAGGGGAUGGGAACAGGUGACAAGCCAGACUGGCCCACAGUUCUGUCAGAAUCCAGUGCCACUGUUAAGGGACAACCAAAGGCAGGGAGUGGAGUAUAAGUUUUCAGUUUUCUAGAGAGGGAGGGGCGGGAGGAAGGAAAGGUGGACAGGAGGAGGUAGUUAUCCCCCAUUGGCUUAAAUCUCAGAUCUGCCCAGCUUGGCCACCUGAUGGAGAGUUUUUUAAAACCAGGUGCCAGGACAAUGUGGAGGGAGGAGGGGUGGCAUCACUGUCACAUCGGGGUACUGGAAAAUGCCUGCUCUUGGCCAAGCCGGAGGUAGGCAGAGGUGGCUUAGGAUGUUGGGUGGUAGGUAAGGCAUUGGGCCUGUGGAGAACACCUUCCCUAAUCCUUCGCUGACCUACCCUCUGACCCCAUAUCUCCUCCUCCCUCUCAGCUCCCCACCAUUCUCCCCUGGCACAGUGCCUUAUGCAGAGGUGGUCAUGAUGGGGUUGGAACUGAGUCCCACUACCUCGGGGGACACCUUUCCUCCCCCACUUCUGGCUCCUACAGCAGGAGGCCUCCAUUACCUCUUACCGCCUUGUCCCUGCCGAGGGCUCCCGUUACAACCCCUUUACCUGUUGUCCUGUUGCAUCUAUUGUCCUGUUGUAUAUAUUGCCUUUGUUGACAAUAAAUUAUUUUUUUUUUAUUAA